ACUGUCAACAAUCAACACCAAUAUGGGACAGGAGCUAAACGUUUUGCAAUGUUUUUCCUGCAAAAUGUUUCAGGUUCAUAUCGUCAAAAAAGCGAAGAAAUGGCAAUGCAAGAUAUGCAACGAGAUGCAAUCUAUACAACAUGUUUAUUAUCAAGGUUCUGGUCAAGACUGUCGUCUUCAAGUUCAGCACUUGAAUUUGAUGAAAAAUACUGCAAACCAGAGAAAGUCGGAUGUGUCGGAUGUAUCAAGUGAAAUGGAAGUUAAAGAAAACGUUAUAACUGAAAGACCUACCCCACAUAGUAAAUGGACAAAAUAUCUUGUUGAAACUGAAGAAAAACCUUGUGAAAAAGAUUUAACUAGUGACAACGAAACAUUAGUGGAUAAAGAUAUAGAUGAUAAAGAACAAGCAGUAUCGUUACUUUUUGAUAACAAUAAAAUAAAAACUUCAAUUUCUACAAGGUCACAAGACCGAAACACAAACAUCUCUAUGUUAAGAAAUAGAACUGAAGAUAAACAAAAUGAAGAAUUGCUGGAAGGCAGUCAUGCUUUGAGCACUAAUACUUAUACACGAAAUGGGGCGAAUAUUAAUAUAGAAUUACCGGACAAUUCCAAUCCGCAAUCAUUAAUAGGACAAGGCGCUAGUUGCAGUCUCAAUUAUUUUGGUCUGAAUGAAACCAGUACUACACCGCAAAGCUAUGCAAAAAGAAAAUUCUGUACAGAAAGUGUCAUAUAUGAAUAUGAGUCUAGGAAUGAAAACAGGAUUGAAUUGAAUUCUUAUUCACCUAAACCUGCAGGUACAAUGUUUAAGCGGUCGAAAAUGGCAGUAGACGUUUCAUUUAGAAAAAGAAAUCUUGAAAAUAUAGUGAAACCAUCCAGUUCUAAGUGUGAGGAAACUUUUGAAAAAUCAGACAAAAAUAACUUAACUAUCAAGAACGAUAAACUACUGUUGAAAGAAAGAAACUGUAGUCUUAGUGCAAACCAGCUACAAGUUCAUGACUUCAGCUUGAAAAAAAAAUCAUUCUUUGAGACAGAUUCUGAUGAUUUUGACGAUAUUCUUGAUUUUUAGUUAGUGUAAACACAGUUUCACAAGGUUUCACAAUAAAUUAGAAUCGAAGGUAGAAAUAGAUUGCUUCAAAGGGAUUUUAAUGUUUUUGAAAUAUAUCUUUGUUUACGCGUUAAAGCCAGGCUAUAAAAUAAUAGGUAUUACAGUUUUCUAACGAAAAAAAAAAAAAUCAAUUCGUAGGCGUUUAAUUAUUGGUUUCAAUGGUCGAAUUAUUUUCACAGAGAAAUCGGUUAUUAUGCUACAAUUCCUAUUAGAAAUAUAAAUUACUUACAGAUUUUUUAGCCGUCUAUGUAUGUAUGUAUAUGUGUAUACAUGUCGGUAUUGAGCCUUAAUUUGUUAACUGGCACCUUACGUUGUGUAAUUAUCAUUUAUAAUCAGUUAGCAGGCGGAGGACCCACUUCGUUAUUACCUUAUUUAUAAUCGUACACAGAAUGGCAUAAAUAUUUUUCUAUAUUAAAUUUAUUGUGUGAGAGCUAUAGGCUGCAAAUAUUCCAAGGUCAAGAGAAUUUCAAUUGAAAAUCAUAAAAGCUGGAUACCCGAAUGGAUUUUAUUACUCGCAUAAAAAUAAAGUUACGGCUAAACCGAGCGCGUGAUCAAUCAUAUGGCAGUUAUAAUAUAAUUUAAAAAAUUCAAUAAACUUUCGAAUCAAUUUUUGAAAUUAAUUGAAAAUUCUAGUCAGAUAUAAUAUAUAUAUAUACAGUCUUAUUAUAGAGUUACAAUACAUAUAUUUAUUUCUUAGUUUAUGAGGAAGGGGGGUCAAUAUAUCGUAUGAGGAUGCAUAUUUACUUCUCCAUCGAAUAAUAUCUCUGUAAAAUUACAAAAGUAUAAUGAUUGUUCGAAAUGCUCCUGGCAGUGGGUCAUGACAGAAAAUUUUUCUCAUACUUUGAACAAUGGAUCAUUGGAAGAGUUGAUAAAAAUUUCAAGAAACAGACAUGGCAGCGUAUAGUCUAAACAACGUUUCGUAUUUUAUCAAAGUUAGGUUUUAUAACUCGCAUUUUAUGACAAUAGAAUUAUCGAUAAAUACAUUUCUUUUAAAUCAAAUUUGUUUAAAACUA